AUGAGCGUUUCCCCAGGGAAAGUGCCCAAUCCUGCGGGAGUUUACCCGCUGAAUGGUGAGGAUCCCAACCCGGGAAAGGAGCCGGUGUUUCCAGACUUUCGUGUUUGGAAACACUCGUCCAAGGACGAUAUGACGAUGAAAGCCAAUCUCCAGAAGGGAUUCUUUGAGCCGGCCGUUGUUGCGAGCGAAAGCCAUUCGGGACGGCAAAUUUUCACACAGUUACUCAGCAGAACGACUCCAGAAGUCGCCGAUGCAAGCACAAAGAUCAAGAUGGCCAACCUGAGCGACGUGAUGGUAAAAGCUCUAGUUAAGCGUCGGGAUAUCAAUAAAAUCAAGUCCAAGUCUACAUAUAGACCUCCGCCAAGAGUCACGUUGACCGACCACAAAAGAGAACUUUGGAUGAAUAACCUGGCGAACCCCAAUAUCCCGUUGAAACAGCUGGCCAGAGCCAUUCCCCACGGACUUCGAAACAGAUUUCUGUUGGAACAGUGCAUGGCACACCAGGUGCCAAUUGCUCGCACGAUAUGGCUUGUGCGGUGUGUUUCUGCAAACGAACAGCGACAAUUGAAACGGAAACUCUCGAACGCAGCUGGACUCAACAAAUGGGUAGUCGAAUGGACAGAACAGGUUGUCCAGUUUCUGGAACAGGUGAUUUCCAGUUCGUUCGCUCCGCAAAACAGAGACUCGUGGAAAUCGAGACUCAACUUCAUUCUUGAACUCAGCAGCAACUUGUACGUGGAAGACCUGUUGAGUCGCGAGACUUUCCUCGGCUGGAUAACCAGCUAUCUGGACAAUUUGUUGAAAAGUGAGUCGUUGAACCUAAUUGCUGUUCAUUACCAGUUUGUUCGACUGUUCUGGUUCAAAAUGAUCAGCGUCGAUUAUUUGUCCAAAGAUCUGGGAGAAAAGCUGUUGUUGGCCGUUUCCAAAGUGCAGCAUCCGAAAUUGCUACGCGAUUUCCAGUUGUUGGUGCAGUAUCUGUUUUACUACAACUCGGACGCCUUUAUCAUCCCGAACUCGUGGUCCUCGCUUAAAUCGAGUCUCAAGGCGCUGAUUGAUCUGUCGUACCCGCCAAUCUCCGAACAGUACAAGCUGAUUUUGUACAGAAACGAGUCCCUAAUGAUCGACGAGGCCACCAACGAAGCAUAUACGAAUUUUGGCAGUCGAAAAGCCAUCAGAGCUAUCCAGAAACUCGACAAUGUGCAUUCAUUGUCGCUCAAGAACCUGUGCAAAGAGGUGUUUGAAGACACUUCCGACUCCGACUGCGGUUCUGUGGACGACUGGCAAACCACCAUAGCAUUGAUACUUAAAUGGUCGAUCACCACGUCGCGCGACUCGGCAUGGGCCCGUCGUAUUAGCGCAGUCUGUUCACUGCUGCGCAUCAAGAUCCAGCAACUUGGCCAGGUCAAGUCCAAGAAAAACAGACAAUUCAAGCUGGAGUUGGAGAUGGCCAUCAUAGAUUUCGCAUACAGCAUGGCCGACGAACUGGACUACUUGAACCCGGACUCCAACCCAUACAGCUUUACACAGUUUUUGCUGCUGAUUAACGAGCUUCAUUCGAUGGGUCUUUUUGUGCUUUCAUCGUAUUUGAGACGACUAAUUGCGUCCGGAGUCAUUUAUCUGCAAAAAGCCGACAACUCAUGCUACGUUCAUCUGUUGAUUCUCGAUUCGCUGUCGAUCCAGGACUCGAACGCGAAAAACAUUCUGAAACGACUGGUCGACUCUACAGGCAUCGUGUUGCGCAACAAGGAUGACCCUGAACUGCAGGAGAAGUUGAGCAUUCCAAACAUUUACGAUCUGGACGAGAUCUGGCCGUGUUCAGAGACAAGUCCGUUGGACGUUGGAGUUCGGAUCAAGAACUACGGAUGGCUAUAUUCGAAACUGAAACAACAGAAGGAUUGGGUGGCAUCUUUCGACUCGCUGUAUUGCUAUUACAGGAUAUUUGAGGAACGGUUGCAAAAAGUGCCAGAGUUCCUAAGUCUCGUUGUGGAACAUGUUGAAUCAUAUACUGAAAUCGAACCGCGUGUGAUUUGGCUGUUGCUAAAGCUCGUCUCGUACAACGACGAAUUGCUUGCCUGUUGCUACGACAACGAGAUUACCGUUUACCAGAAACUUUACUCCACCAUCACCAGUUGGUACGAAACCAAUCGGUUCAACAUCACCCAGGUUUUGUGGGACGUUAGGUUCAAUCCACAGCUAUCGCCAACACUUCGAGAAACCGAAUUCACGCUCGAGACCCUCCAUCUAGAACAUCUGGGCCUGAUUGGGGUCUCCUCAGCGGAAAGACUGGUCAAUGCUGCCGAGUUCUCUCAUUCUCUUGGACAGGCCAUCAACCAGUACUGGUCGUUGGUGAACAGUAUGAGCUACUCAGAUAGCCAGAUGUCGCCGAUCUACCGACUAAUGAAAGGUCUUCAGGCAUGGAAACGCGAGCAGUUCCAGAACGUUUUAGUGUUGCACCUUAAAAAGUUCAGUCUGCCGUCGCUGGCCUUGGACUACGAGGCUUCCUUAAAGUUUAUUCUGAAACUUGUUCUGGAUAACUUCAUUGACAUCCACGCAAUUGUCAAGCUUUUCGAGGAUGCCUCCAAAGACGAGUUCAGCUCCCAAAGCGGGGAAAGACUGAUCUGGGACCUUCAUUUUUGCGAGGAGUUUGAGUUGAGCAACUACGAUCUUUUCUUGCUCAACUUCCAACGAAAAGUGUACAGAAACGAGCAUUCGGUUCUGUUCUACAACCAACUGCAUCGCGUGGUCACCACAACGACCAUUGCCACACCACGUCCACUCCCAGUGGUGGCUCCAUCCCAUCUGGUGGACACAGGAGUCAGCGUGGACGAUCUGAACCCGUUAUCAGACCUGGCUGUUGUUCCUGUGGCGCAAACCCCGCCUGUUUCCGCUGAGUCGGCCGCAGGACUGGUGAGACCGUCUGCGAAGCCGCGCAAACUCAACUCGUUGAUCGAGGACGGCAUAUGGCGGCUGGUGUCUUCGAACCGGCCGCUUUUUGUCAAGCUUUUCUACGAAACGCAUGGCGACGCUACACAGUUCCAGAACCUGUUGCUGGUGGUUUUGAAAAACCUGCCUGUCGGCGCGUCCAACGACGAAGCAAUUGUGCUGAGUCUCGUUAAACGACUCAACUACUUCAACCUCCCGUUGGAACAGCUGCUGUUCAAGUCGUUGCUGGAGGAGCUGCAACUGGACGACGACAAACUCAAGACGCUUUUGCGCAACAUUCUCCAGGAACUGGACGCCGCGAACGACGAGUCUGUUCUGGUGAGCGAUCUGUUUGAGCAUCUAGACGACACACUGAAACUGCGGCUUCUCAACUGCUGCGAGGAACUGUAUCUGAGAUCGGAGCAGUUCCCGAGAUUUCUGGUCAACGGCCAGAACUACGCCAACUUCCUGAUGGACAUGGCGUCGAGCUGUUCGCGACUACAAGAGUCCAAGACCAUCACGUUGAGCGACUCGCUGGUGUUUUCGCUCAAUCUGUCUUUGGAGAAGCUGAUGUACUACUGUUCGAACGUGGACGCCAAACGGAACGCGGACGACCUGGAGAAGGCGGUGAUGUUUGUUUCGCGCAUCAUUCUGAUCCACAAGAGUUUUCUGGUGGACCUGAUCUUGAAACGGUCGGUGAACUUGCAACGAGACGUUUUUUUGGUCAACCUGACCAAACUGUUCCACCAUUCGGUGAUGGACAAGAACUCGCGGCUCAAGAACCUGCUAUACGACACGCUGAUCUCGAUCAAGAUCCAGAUCUCGGAGACGACUGCGACAGCGCCCCAGGCGAGCGUUCCGACGCCGCAGCCGCCGUUCAUCACGUCGUUGUCGCUCAACAAGGGCACGCCAACGUCGACGACGAACUCGCCGCUGCCGUCGUCGGCGCCCCACGCAGAACGCAGCGUGUACACGAUGAACGUGAGUCCGCCGAGCUACAACAACAAGCUCAAGUUUUUGCUGGCGGACGCGCGAUUUGCGCAUCUCAAGGACACGCUUGUGGAAGAAGAGCGCAAGUACUAUCUGGUGGACCGGUCAAGCGAGACGCUGGUGCGGUUCAAUGUGCGACGGUUCGAGCUGAUCCAGGACGCAAGCUCGGUGGGAGGAGUGAACGACUCGUGCAUCAACCUGCAAUACUUCAACACGAGCUUUGACAGGAAGAAUCCACCGUGA